AUGAGUAGCAGUCGAUAUAAUAACAACAGCAAUAGCGGCGGAGGCUACGGACAACAGCGAUACAGCAGUAAUGUGAAUGGCAACACUGGCGGUGAGGGCAGUGGAUAUCGUCAUCAUCAUAACCAUCAUCAACAACAACAACAACAGCAGCAGCAACAACAACAACAACAGCAGCAACAGCAGCAGCAACAUCAGCAAAAUUACUACCACAGUAAUAAUAAAUACUAUAAUAGAGGCGGCAUGAAUAGAAGAUAUUAUGGAUAUAGAGAAGACACAAAUAACAACAAUAACUAUUAUAAUUCCAGUGGUUAUCGAGGGUACCGUCAAGGAGGAGGGAUACGUAAACCAGGGGGGUAUGUGAACCGCCAAGCGAACUAUUAUUCAGGUGGAACAACUCCUCCACCACCUCCGCCACCACCACCAUCUGUACCUGUUACAGAUAAUGACGGUGACGUGACUAGUGGUAGUGCAGUAACAAGCAUUAGUGGUGUGGGUGCUGCCACUGCCAUUAGCAGCGGUAUAGGUGGACCUCUUGUGCCGCCAUCAGGGCCUGCAAGUUCAGUAGAUCACCAACAGCAAACGAGAAUAAUAGAUACAGGAAGGAAAUCACCUGGAGUGAUAGUAGAGAGUCGAUAUGAGGGUAAUGGUGAGAAUGGCAAGAAUAGAAAAAUCAUUGAUAGCAAGAUUACGCCAAUGUAUUAUUUAACAAGACAAGAUGAGAAUAAAGUUGAAGAACAAGAGACGUUCAAGAGGAUAUACAAGACAAGUGAAGAAAUCGACGAUAAACUUGAAGAUAUCAAAUUCAAAAUAAUUAAGAGUGAAUUGGAGUAUAACUUGAUGACUACACAAGGUGAGAAAGAUUCAUUAAACGUGCAAUUGACUCAAGAGAACCUUGAUUCAUUGUUGCUAAUGUGA